UUCUUUGGCUUACUGAUUGCUUUUAAGCAUCUUUAAAUUACAAGUAGACAGAGAACAAAGUAAGAGGGCAUUUCCCUUUUCUAUUAGCAGUGGGAUUCUCAUUCACUACACCUCCCACUCAAUUUCAUCUACACCGAACCCCUGUAGCCAUUGGACCCAAAAUUCGCCUUUCCAAUUUCAAUGCCGCAUCCACCUUUUUUUUUUUCUUAGGAAAAGUUUAUUUUUUGGCUCUGAAUGCUUUGUGGGUCCCCAACACUAAGUCAUCCAACUGUUCCAGAUAAUCUUGAUGAUGCUGAUUAUUAUCUGCUUGUUGUAUUUCUUGAUGAUUCAUUCUACACUUCAAAAGACGUGGUUAACCAAGAAUCAACUAAAGGAGGUGAAGGAUUACUGGGAACGUGUAGCUUCAAAAUUAGAGGAGAUCACAUGGCUGAAACCUUUUCCAUUACACAUCUCUGUCUAAUGCCAUCAAUUUAUUUGCUUGUGCUCAUAUCCUUGUCCAGCAGCUGUUUUGGCUCCAAUAAGCCCGAUGUUGAAGGUGAAGCUUUAGUUGAAUUUCGAACAGCUCUGAAUGAUUCCUCUAGUAAAAUUGCGGAUUGGAACUAUAAUUUCGUUAGCCCCUGUUUCAGUUGGUCUCAUGUUACAUGUAGAAAUGGAAACGUGAUAUCUUUGAGCCUGGCAUCUAAAGGAUUUUCAGGAACACUUUCACCCGCAAUAACCAAGUUAAAAUAUCUGGUUAGCUUGGAUCUACAUGAUAAUAAUCUUUCUGGUCCCUUACCUGAUUAUCUUGGAAGCAUGUUGAAUCUUCAGAAUUUAAAUCUGGCAAACAAUAACUUCAAUGGCUCCAUUCCAGCAACCUGGGGUCAACUUUCCAACCUGAAACAUUUGGUUAUGAGUGGAAAUCAUUUAAGUGGACCUAUCCCUGAAUCGCUUCUAAAUAUCUCAGGCUUAUUGGAACUGAAUCUUUCAUCCAACAACUUGUCAGGGAGAAUUCCUACAGAAUUGUUUUCAAAACCCAUCUUUGAUUUCACAGGCACGCAUCUUACAUGUGGAAACAAAUUCCAGCACCCUUGUGUUCCAAAUUCCGCCACCCAAGUUUCUAAUAGAAAAUCAAAAUUUGAAGUUUCCAUUACCAUAGCAAGCAUUUGUGUAUUUGCUCUCCUGUUACUUGGGGCUGUCUUUGCCUACCGAUUCCAUCGGGUGCAUAAACCGAAAAGUGAUAUAUUUGUUGAUGUUGCAGGUGAAGAUGAGUGCAAAAUUUCCUUUGGACAACUCAGACGGUUUUCAUUGCGGGAAAUUCAGCUAGCAACAGAGAAUUUUAGUGAAAGCAACAUUAUUGGACAAGGGGGCUCUGGAAAAGUAUACAAGGGUAUCCUUUCAGACAACACCCGAGUUGCUGUGAAACGCCUAAUGGACUAUCGUAGUCCUGGUGGAGUGGAUGCCUUUUUACGGGAGGUUCACUUGAUAAGUGUUGCAGUUCACAAAAACUUGCUUCGAUUAAUUGGGUUUUGUACAACCUGUACAGAGAGAAUUCUUGUUUACCCAUUUAUGCAGAAUCUCAGUGUUGCGUAUCGCUUAAGAGAUUUAAAACCUGGGGAGAAAGGCCUGGACUGGCCAACAAGAAAGCGGAUAGCCUGUGGUGCAGCCCAUGGCCUGGAGUACCUUCAUGAGCAUUGCAACCCUAAGAUCAUUCACCGUGAUUUGAAGGCUGCAAACAUCCUUCUCGAUGAUGAUUUUGAAGCUGUCCUUGGAGAUUUUGGGUUGGCAAAACUAUUGGACACAAAGCUCACACACAUUACCACUCAAAUACGUGGAACUAUGGGACACAUUGCCCCCGAGUAUUUGUCUACAGGAAAAUCUUCCGAAGCGACGGAUGUCUUUGGAUAUGGUAUAACUCUUCUAGAACUAGUAACUGGCCAGCGUGCAAUAGAUUUCUCCCGUCUUGAAGAGGAGGAGGAGGUUCUGCUGCUGGAUCACAUCAAAAAAUUAUUAAGAGAGGAUAAGAUUGAGGACAUUGUUGAUGAGAACUUGAAUGGUUAUGAUCUUGAAGAAGUCAAGACAAUUCUACAAGUCGCUAUGCUUUGCACCCAAGGUUCACCAGAAGAUCGUCCGAGGAUGGUAGAAGUCGUUGACAUGCUGCAGGGAGUGGGUUUGGCAGAGCGAUGGGCUGAGUGGGAGCAACUAGAAAAAGUAAGAUACCAAGAAUUUUCGCUUUUAUCCCACCAGUUCAUUUGGGCUGAAGAUUCUACUUAUAACCAAGAAGCUAUACAGUUGUCACAAGCAAGAUAGAAGUUUUCAUACAUUGAGGGCGAAAUAAGAGACCGUUUGUUUAUAUUUUACAUGUUGAAAUUUCUACCUUACAUUAUUCAGUUUUAGCUUUGGACGAAGUUAAUAUAUUAUACAUUAUAUUGUCUAUGUCCAUUACCUUGAAUUUUCAGCCUUAAGAAGUAUAGAUAUAUAUAUAACAAGGUUAAUAACU